AUGGUGGCUGAUCUUAUUGAUCAGGUGAAGACAAGAGAAGGUGGGGGGGUUACUAAAGAUGGUCUCUUCUCAAUCAAAUCGGCAUACAAGCUGCUUUCAAAGUUGGAAGAGGAAGGUCAAUCAGCUAGGGCGUCUUCGUCGAGAUCUAGGCCUUGGGAGAGUAUUCCUGAUGCUGUUUGGAAUCGUGUUUGGUCCAUUCAGACGCUCCCAAAGAUUAAGGCCUUUCUUUGGCGUGUUUGCAAUGAAGCUAUUGCCUCUGGUGUGGGUUUAAGGCAUAGGAAUGUUAAUAUUGACCCGAUCUGUGUUAGAUGUGGAGUCCAUAAGGAGACGAGGGAUCAUAUUCUCUUGGGUUGCUCCUUUGCCCGUAGUGUGUGGUUUGGUAGUUCUCUUCAAUUUUCUCCUUCGGAUAACCCAUCUUUGAUUGACUGGAUUCGUAGUUGGGAGGUGUGGUUUAGACAGGACAAGAGGCUUGCUCGUGAAGCUCUCUCUAAGGCUGCGUUCAUUUGCUGGUAUCUCUGGCGUGCGAGGAAUGAGUUAUCUCUCAAAGGAAUUAUUUGGACUUCUUCUGAAGUUCUGCAGCUUGCGGAGAAGGCAUACUUGGAGUUUUCAGCUCUUAUCAAGGAUUCUGAUAAAGGGGGGUUGGGUAUUAUUUUCCGAGAUCACACUGGGAGGUGCCUCAAGGCUCGUUCCAUCCCCCAUAUUCUUGGUUCAAUUAUUCAAGGGGAACUGCUAGCCAUUCGCCAUGCCCUCAAUCUUGCUAUAGAUUUGGGUGUUGAUAACCUUCUAGUGCAAUCGGAUUGCAAGGAUGCUAUUUUGUUCAUGGAGGAGAAGAAAUCGCCGGAUUGGGAAGUGGAAGGGCUAGUUGCUAAUGUUGUUAGGCUGAAAUCUUCUUUUGUUUCCAUUUCCUUCUCUUUCGUUUCUAAGGCUAUGAAUAAUGUUUCGGAUGCCCUAGCCAGGAAGGCCCUGUCUCUUGAGUACUUGACAGAUUGGCCAAACUCCAUUAGGUGGUUUCAGGAGCUUUGUGAUUCUGAAGUGAGUGGUUGUACUCACCCCCUUCCUCAAUAA